GCAGCUCCCCCCCCGUUCCGCAGCCCAAUCAGGGCCGCUCCGAGGAAUUCAAACCCCGGCCCCGCAAGCGCCGGCGGCGGCUCCGCUCCGCUCCCCGGGCCGGGAAGGCUGCGCCGCGGAGCGGCAGCGGGGCCGGUCCGGAUGGGCUCGGGGAGCGGCGGGGCGGGCGCGGCCCCUGCCCGCCGCCCGGAGCGCAGCCCAGGACAGCCGGACCCCAGCUUGGUGACGGGGCUGUGUGGGCACAGCCUGGCCCUGCUCCUGUCCCCACGCAGCUGCAGCCAGGAGCUCUGGGCCGGCCCAGGAGCCGAUCCCGAGGGCUUGGCCAUGGAAUAGGCGCUUUUCCAGGUGCCAGGCACAGCGGGAGGCCGAAGUUGGUGGCCGCGGGGCACCCGAACGCGCCCUGCCCUGGAGCGCCCGGCCUCUGCCAUGAAUGAUGCAUCCACCAUGGAUUAUGAACUGCUCUCCCCGUCCCUGGUGGAGCACCCCGCCGGCGCCGCGGGCAUGGAUGCCGAGCAGAAAACUGUCUUCGCCUUCGUCAUCUUCCUGCUGGUGUUCUUGGUGAUGCUGAUGGUGCGCUGCUUCCGCAUCCUGCUGGACCCCUACAGCCGCAUGCCCGCCUCCUCCUGGACGGACCACAAGGAGGGCUUGGAGAGGGGCCAGUUCGACUACGCCCUGGUGUGAGGGCGAGCCCGGGCCGACCCCCGGCUGCCGCCCCCGGCCCCGGCUCCCCCUCCCUCCGCGGGGCUGCCCCGCAGGGAUGCUCCGGCCAGGGGGGCGAGCGGGGGGCUCGGGCCCCGGGGAGGUUUUCUAGGGGUUUCUCUCUUUUCUAAGCACUUUUCGGUUCUCUUGGCAGCCCGCGGGACGCUGGGGGACUUGGGGGGGGGGCGGCGCUGGAUGGGGGGGCCCCGCUGCCCCUCGUGCCCCCGGGCACUGCGGAGGGGACGGGACGGGGCAUGGCGGGACCUGCCCCCGGCCCGCGGGGCCCCUGGGCUGGGCUCUGCCCGGUGCCAGCCCCGAGCUUUGACCCCCCCCGGCCCCUGCUGCCCCCCCCGUGCCCCCCGGGCGUGUCCCCGUGGUCCAGUGCGUGUCUGUGUGUCCUGUAGCUGAGCUGUGUCCGUCAGGGGUUUCUCGGCACCAGCCCCCAGUGCUGGCUUUGUUCCUCCUCUGGGCCAGUCCCGAGCCCCCCGAAAGGGAGGGGAGGGUGGAGACCCCCCCUGUGCCGCCCCCCCUUGGCCUCCAGCCCUGUCCCCUCCCUCCUGUCCCUGCCCAGCUGGUGACAGCGGAGCGAGGGGCAGUCCUGGGGACACCAGGACGGGUCAGGGGUCCCCAAAACCCCCCGGGAGAGGCUCCUCGGGCCCCCCCUCUGGGGCGUCCGGCCCUUCCCUGGCUCCGCAGGGCUCUGCGAGCGGCCGAGGGCGAGCAGGGGAGCCGCAGGUGGCCGGGGGCUGCCAAAGGCCGUGCCGGGCAGCGGGGGGGGCUCCUAGAAGGGAUUUGGGGCCGGGGGGGGGGUGGAACCUCGCCCCCCUCCAUGGAAAUAAAGCCGCACCGUGCCGACCCCA